ACGCUAUUGGGCUCACAUGCAACGAUGUCGAUGGUGGAAGUGCGAUUGGAUGAGUGAUUUCUUGCUGCAUUUGCCGAUUAACGGAUUGCGAGUGGCCUGUAUUAAGGCCCAAAUUUCGCAGCUCGCACAUCGACGACUGAAGAUGGAGUUCUGACAGCAUGGAAUUCGACGAAGCGGGUCGGGGGGGGAGGGUGGGGAGGGUUGAAGUGGGCGAAAUUGUGAGGGUUCGGCAGAUGUUGUGCUUGGAGUUGUUUGCAUUCGGAAGCGCAGUAUGUCCAGAUUGGCGUUCACGAAGCCCCAGCAUCUCCGUUUAGAGUUUUUCCUCAGUUGGUCGAACUGGACCUGUGCUUUUGUGGAACCCACUGUAAGAAUGUCAGCCACUUCUUUGAUCCAACGAUACGCGUGUUCGUGUAGUAGAGUAAGUUUGGGUGGUGCAGUUGAAGCAGACAUCUCACAUUCUGGAACUCCGGGUUUGAUUAGACGUUGUGCGGCAAGACCUCAAAAAUUCGAUUCCGUAUACCGAAACCAGCAAAGAAAAUCUACCUCACGAUAUGGGUAUGCUGAAAGCAGGAUUCUCGGAGACGAAAAUACCUCGAAGAGUGGCGAUCGACAAACAACCCAGGAUCAGAUUAUUCAGAACAUCAAAAGAAAUCCUUUAGACAGCUGGACACUAUGGCAGACCCAGAAUUGCAGCGUUCAAGAUAUUGCUCGGAUGCGAGGCAUAACAGAACUUCAAGUUUAUGAACAAAUCUGUGAAUGUGUGCAACAAGGCAAUGAAAUAGACUGGUAUGAACUCUGCCAGGAGGCUGGGUUCUCAACAACCACAGUCUUGGACAUUAACUUCGCAAAACUAGAUGCUGAAAAAACUAUGGAGGACCAGCUUGGACAACAACUUGACGAGUUUGGUCGCGUUCCAGUCCAGUGUGGCCUUCAUGUAACUGACGUUCAUGUCUUAUUAUACAACACAAUGAUGGCAUGUGGAAUCACACCGCUUGAGAUAGUCCCUAAUCCAAUUGAGGAGCGACAGAGCCAAGUUUUUAUGCAGAUAACUGCUUCAAAUAAAGUGCCCUCUCUUCCUAAAAAAUCCAUUGUAACAAAGAGUAAAGCAGCCGCACAUGAUGUUACUUCUGCAAGCAAGGGUCCCAAUGCGAAGGUUACAUCAAGCGACAAGAGCCCUACUACGGAAGAAGCAGAUAACAAAAAGACGCCAAGGAGGCUCACUCAAAAGCACAUGCUGCAGUGGAUGACUGAGAGGAAUGGGGUUACAUUAAUGGAGCUUGUUUCUGAAUUUCAAGGUUACAAUGAGUGCCAACUAAUGCGGCUCAUUCUGCUGUUGGAGAGGAAGAACGAAAUUUUUCUUGACUGGAGAGGAAGUCACGGAAUAUUCAGAGUGACUGAAAAAGAUGAACAAUCCAUGUAAUUCGUUGCCCCGGCGUGUUCGAACAGAACUGUAAUUAAAUGAUUGUGUUCAUUUCAAAAGUGAAGGAUCUAGUGUCGUGUUAAUGAUACAGGUGUUCAGCUAUAGUCUGAGAGUCAUGGGCUGACGACCCAAAAUUUAUUCUCCUCACCUCUUUAAAAAAACACUCAACUACGCAUUAUUAAUAGAUGUA